UGAAAAUGUUUCAUCGUGUUCGAAGACCGGUAUAGAGUGCGAUCUAUGAAGAUGGCCGUGCAUACUUGUAGAAGACAAGAGUCAACGAUGAAAAGCGAUCCGAUCGGGUUGACAUUUAAUUCGCGAAUUUUUCUUCGAGCAGAUUCACGGUUGAUGGAAUUCUUGAAUGAAAUUACACGUUCCACGGUCGUGCGGAGAAAAACGGGCACAUUACACGGCCGCACCACACAGUGCCACGCCAUCGUCGCCAAGCGCUACUUUCACGAAUUCUAUGAAUAUUUGAACGAAAGGUUUUACAAAUGGUGUUAGCGAUCGGCAUUUCUCAUGGUCUACGGAUUUCCCAGGCGCUACCCCACUUUGCCAGUCACGAGAGACAAUGCGUUAGUGGCGGUCGUACUUUGUACGACGGCGAUAUUAGCUCUUCCUCAACGACCUAGCGGAGGCGCUGACAAAGAUGCGGUAAUUACAUCUCAGCAGCUCGAAGUCAACUUUGACGGCACUUACGUCAAUAACUUCGAGACAAGCAACGGAAUCAGUCACCAAGAAUCAGGACAACCUAAACAAGUAGACAACGAGACACCAGUUGUUUCGCAAGGCUCUGAUUCUUACACGGCGCCGGAUGGUCAGCAAGUCAGUAUCACGUACGUGGCGGACGAGAAUGGCUUCCAAGUGCAAGGAUCUCACAUCCCCACGGCACCACCGAUACCGCCAGAGAUUCAAAGGGCGCUCGAGUGGAACGCGGCUCACCCAGAAGAAGACGACGGUGGUCAACCACGACCACCUGGCCGAGGUUAAUCAGCCCAACUAUACCUCAAACGUGACCUGAUUUCGAGCCAGCUUGCCAUGGACAGAACCGACCCUGAGCCUUCGAUGCGACCAUAAAAAUAAAUAUAGUGUGGUAUAUUAAUCUAGGAUUAUACAUAACAGAAAAAAAUAAGGCGCGAGCCAGCCGGUAUAUAAUAACUGUAUACUUCGAGAUUCUUUAUCUUACCUGUAUAGAUGAAAGUAAUGCGCACUGUUCAGCAGUUUACGACAGGAUCGUGCCGAUGCGCGCACGCUGCUUUCACAAACGUAAAACGCGAAAAAACGACGACGCCACCGCAGCUGCGAAGACGCGUAUCGAGCGUCGAUAGUACAUAAUAAUAUACGUAUACUUUAACUUGUGAUUUUUGUAUAUAAAUAAAAACGUUUUGCCGAAGAA